UAACGGCUCCCUCUUCACUCAUAGACUGUAAGUAUUGACCUGCUUUCCUUUCAAAAAAAGUAAAAAAGUAUUGACCUGCUCCGUAGUAGGACUACUCUGUUCUUUGUCCUGAAUAGGACAAAAAUAAUAAGGUCUGUUAUCCUUCUCUAAUGGCCGCGACCCUAAAAUCCAAUGGCUUCAUCAUCUUGAAGAAAACCCACAACCAGAUUUCUCUUCCUAUCGCUCCUUCUCAGUUACGAUUUUCCUCAAUCAAAAGGUUUACUCUAAUGGCGGCUCUCACCACCAUCCCUACUGUCAGACUCUCUGAAACUAAGGUUGAAAGAACAGGGCAAGGUCCUAAGUGGGAAAAGCUGUGCCUGUCAAAUGUCAAGCCCUGUGAAAGUAAUAGAGUUACUUGCAGUGCCCUCAACAGAUCAGAAGAAGCCUUCAUUACUAUCAAGGAACAUAAAAAGAAUAGGCCUUUGGUGAAGAUGUGUGGCAUAACAUCAGCUAGAGAUGCUGCUAUGGCAGCUGAAGCAGGAGCGGAUUUGAUUGGGAUGAUUGUUUGGCCCAACUCAAAGCGCUCUGUUUCGGUUUCAGUAGCAAAAGAGAUCUCAAAAGUUGCAAGAGAAUUUGGGGCAUUGCCUGUGGGGGUAUUUGUAGAUGAUGAUAUAGAUACAAUAUUGAGAGUUUCUGAUGCAUCUGACCUCGAACUUGUUCAGCUUCAUGGAGACAACUCUAGAGCAGCUUUUCCGAUUUUAGUUCAAGAACACCGAAUCAUUUAUGUCCUUCACGCAGAUGAAAAUGGAAGUCUCCUAAACCAUAUUUCAGCUCAAGAAUGCUCUCUUGUUGAUUGGAUUCUUGUGGAUAGUGCAAAGGGUGGCAGUGGUCGAGGAUUUAACUGGAGAGAAUUUAAAUUACCAAGCAUUAGAAGCAAAAAUGGUUGGCUUUUGGCUGGAGGGAUGAAGACUGAUAAUGUUUGUGAAGCUCUUUCAAUUCUCAAACCUCAUGGAGUUGAUGUUAGCAGUGGCAUUUGUGGCCCUGAUGGCAUCCAGAAGAAUCAAUCACAAAUUUUUUCCUUUAUUAAUGCAAUAGAUCUAUGUGCUAUUGAUUGAUUUAUUGGUAAAAGAAUAUGAAGAAUUUGUAUGAAUCUUCCCCUUGAUAUGAUUUUAAUAAAUAAAUAAUAAUAAUUAAGCUGA